CAUUAAGCAAAAGUAUCGGAUCGUUUUUUUCCUUCCGAUAUCCGAACCAGUGAUUUUGGCCGAUAUCAGACCGAUACAGAGUAUUGGAUCGGUGCCAGCCCUAGUCAGAACCACCUUCGGGGUAAAAAAAACAGAAGAUAUUCUCCUCCGUUAUAAUCUAUUAUAAUGGAAUCAGCACAGGAAGCAGCAGAGAUGGAACAUGGAACCUCUUUGGAUCUACAGAAUGGAGAAAUUCUGAAGAUAAUAAUAAAAGAGGAGGAAGCUGAGGAUGAAGGUUACCUCUGUGGAGAAACAUCAGCUCCUGUGGAGCACCUUACCUCAGAGGGACACGUUGCUCUGGUGGACCAACAGCAUGGAGGUUUUUUGAUGGAUCCUGUUAAAGAGGAAGAACCUACAGAUAAAGAUGCUCUUAAAAUGAACGCGUUUCCCUGCUGCCUGUGUCCACUGUCCUAUACAACACAAUUACAUCUCCACAGACACAUUAAGAGAUCCCACUAUUACAGAUAUAAGACGCUGGUGAAACCAGCAGAGGUCGAAUAUGAGGAUCUGACGCCCAGUAUGAGCUCCAGUAGUCAGCAAAUGUCUACUGGUACUCUCAGCUCCAACACCCCUCACAAGCAAAUCAACCUCUGCUCAGAGUGUGGAAAGAGCUUCAGCUGCCGGAGUGCUCUGAGAGUACACCAGCGCAUUCACACCGGACUAAAAUCGUAUCACUGCCUGGACUGCGGGAAGAGUUUCACCAACCGGAGUCAUUUCAGAACUCACCAGCGCAUUCACACCGGAGAGAAACUGUUUCGGUGUCCGCAGUGUGAGAAGAGUUUUACCGACCAGAGUAAUCUCAGAACCCACCGGCGCAUUCACACGGGAGAGAGACCGUACUGCUGCUCACAGUGCGGGAGAAGUUUUACCGACCCGAGUGCUUUCAAGAAACACCAGCGCAUUCACACCAGAGAAAAGCCGUUCUGCUGUCCGCAGUGCGGGAGGAGUUUUAACAACCAGUCUCAUCUCAAAAUCCACCAGCGCAUUCACACCGGAGAAAAACCCUACCGUUGCUCGCAGUGCGGGAAGAGUUUCAAUCAGCAGAACGAUCUCAAAAAACACCAGCGCAUUCACACGGGAGAGAAGCCGUAUCGGUGCUCACAGUGCGAGAAGAGUUUUAAUCAACAGAGUCAUCUUAAAAAACACCAUCGCAUUCACACUGGAGAGAAACCCUUUCACUGCUCAUACUGUGGGAAGAGUUUUAAUAACCAGAGUGCUCUCAGAUCCCACCAGCGCAUUCACACCGGAGAAAAACCGUAUCAGUGCUCCAAGUGUGGACUUAGCUUUACUUAUUUAUUAACACUUAAGAGACACCAGUGUGCCGACUCGGAGCCGUCGGUUGUUGCCGCUAGUGUAAAUACUUCUGAUAUGUAACAGAUAAUGUCUAUAUUUGGGUGACACAGUGGCUCAGUGUCCGGUGUCCUCUCUUGCAUUCCAAAAACAUUCCAGUAUGUGGAUAAGCUACUUUAAAUAGCCUCUGUGUUAUUAUACAGUAUAUUUAUUAUAUGAUAUUUUCCACCUUGGGCAGUAACUGAAAUUAUUCAUUUUUGCCAUUUAGCAGAUGCUUUUAUCCAAAGCGACUUACAGUACUGUGACAGUAUACAGUCUGAGCAAUUGAGGGUUAAGGGCCUUUCUCAAGGGCCCAACAGUGGCAACCUGGUAGUGGUGGGGCUUGAACCAGCAUCCUUCUGAUUACUAGUCCAGUACCUUAAUCACUAAGCUACGGCCUGCCUGCGCUGGGCGAUCAAAACUCGGCUCUCAAUCGCUAUGUGUGAACUACUCAACAACUCGAUCCGAGCGGCGGGACUGAAGAUAAAUAUCUAGCUUGUCAAAUAUCUGGAUAUGAGUCGGCCGACUGGCAAUGAGUGCUGUGUCGAACAGCCAAUGAGAACACAAGAUACGGUGUGAGGGGAAACACAGGGGAGGAGUGUAAACAGGUGGGACAGGGGAGUAAUAUAGUUUAUAUCAGAAUACAUCAGCACACACACACGUUAUACAGUAUUUCUGAUCUUAUCGUUCUCUACAAAACACCCACGCUGCAUUGCAGAAAUAUUUAUUAACCUCCUCCAUGCUGCUCGUGUUGCCAAAUCCACUCAGAUUCAUUUAUUUUUCCUCCUUGAUUUUACGCUGCACAUCAGCGCACAAACUUUGAUCGCUCGCUACUUGUUGACGUGCAUUUUUGGACGUGGUGUCGUUAAACCCCUCGUCACUUCUCACGUGUGUUUUCAUGACAGAACGUAGUUUGGGAGACCAGAGAAGCUCGCCUGCGAUUCCAGUUGGUGAUAGAUGGUGAAAAUAGUGUGAAAGCCACACCGACUUUAAAGACUCCCGAUUACUAGAGAUCCAGUCGUGUAGUGUGAACUUGGCAUUACUUUACUGCCAGAUCUGUUGAAUCUAAACAUCACUUAAAACAGAACAGAACUGUCUUGCAAUGCGAAGCAGCCUAGAAGGUCUCACAAAGGGUUACAAAGCAUUGGUGGCUCAUCUAGGAGGUCACAAAAGAACCAGAACAUCUAAAGCACUGCAGAUGCAACUUGCCUUAGUUAAGGUAAAUGUACAUGAUUGUACAAUAAGAAAGUAACUGAGCAAAAAUGCCAUCCAUGGGAGAGUUCAAGGUGCAAACUAUUCCUGACCAAAAAGAACUCAAAGGCUUGUCUCAGAUUUGCCAAAACAUCUAGAUGUUGCCCAAGAGUUUUAGGAUGAUAUUCUGUAACACUCACUGGGUCUACUUUAUCAAAAAGAA